GACGACACCACUGUGGGUAGGGUCCAGAUCCUGGAGCUCUGCCGAGGCGCCUCUGGACUGGGAGGAGAGGCCCCGCGUGUCCUCAGGGACGGCAGGGCAGUGGGAGAAAGCGUCCCCCAGGAGGGCCGUGCACACAGCACCAAGGCAGAGGCUCCAGAGGGGGUCAGGAAGCCCUGGGGGAGGGCAGGGAUGAGGAGUGUGCUGCCACUGCGGUCACCGGGGAGGUACCAGGCCUGGCUGCGAGGGCUGCUCUCACCUAAAGGCCCUACAACAUGCUUGGAAAGCUGGACUGGGGCUGGCCUUGUGGUGCGGUGGGCUAAGCCUGCGCCCGUGCAGGUCCCGGCUGUUCCUCUUCCGAUCCAGCUGUCCGCUAUGGCCUGAGGGCUUGGGCCCUGCUUCUGGGAGAUCCAGAGGACGUCCUGGCUUCUGGCUUCAGAUCGGCCCAGCUCUGGCUUUUGCAGCCACUUGGGGAGUGAACCAGCAGAUGGAAGACCUUUCUCUCCCUCUCUCUCUGCCUCUCAGAUAAAUUUACAAACAAACAAAACAGCCUGGACUGGAACCAGCACUCCUGUAUGAUAUUAAAAAUAAUAAUAAAAAAACUGGGCCCCCCAGCCCGGGCACCCCUGAAGGGGCAGCCACCCCUCGGCAGCUCUCCUGAGAUGGAGAAACAGGGCUGAGGAGACCAGCCCACUUGGUUCCAGCUGCUGCCCCUGGCCAAUGACAAGAGGGAUGAUGGCCUGGAGGCUGUGCCAGAGGGGGCGGAGAGGUGCCCUGGACGCUGAGGACUGAGGAGGAAACGGGUGUGGGCGUGUCCAAGGCCACGCUUCUGCCCCGAGCGUGCGUCUGCCAGGCAGCAGCAGGGCCCACCCCUGCCUAAAGUAGAGAGGUCUCGGGAGGAGGUGAAUGGACUCGUGCUGAUAGCCCACCACGGCCUGGUGCACCUCCAUUUCUUUCCAUUAUUUUUUUCAUAUUUAUUAAUUUAUUUGAAAGGCAGAGUUAGAGAAAGAAGGAAAGAGAUUUUCCAUCAAUUGGUUCAUUCCUCAUAUGGCCACAACGGCCAGAGCUGGGCUGAUCAGGAGCCAGGAGCAUCUCCUGGGUCUCCCACGUGGGUGCAGGGGCCCAAGCACCUGGGCCACCGUCUGCUGCUUUCCGGUGCAGUCGCGGGGAGCUGGAUCAGAAGUGGAGCAGCCGGGACUCUUUAACAGUAGCCCACGUGGGAGGCCGGCAGCACAAGCAGCAGCUUUACCCACUAUGCACAGUGCCAGCCCCUCCUUCCGCUGUCCCAAACAUACGGGGCCUGUCCAGGCCAGGCUGCCCCUCACUGUGCUGCUGUCUCGGGUCUCCAGCCCAAGGGAGACAGGACCCCUCCCCCACUGGGGACAUGAUGGCCAUCUGCAGAUAGGAACAGCUUCCCAGGGAGAAUCCCGGGAGCAAACCGAGGUGGUGUCCCCAAGGGUGUCCCUGAGGAAGCCUGUGCCACCAGGUGUGCGGCCACCACCGAGGUGGUGUUCCCGAGGAAGCCUGUGCCGCCGGGUGUGCCGUCACCACCGAGGGGUGUCCCCAAGGAAGCCUGUGCCGCCACCACCGAGGUGGUGUUCCCGAGGAAGCCUGUGUCGCUGGGUGUGCCGUCACCACCGAGGUGGUGUCCCCAAGGAAGCCUGUGUCGCUGGGUGUGCCGUCACCACCGAGGUGGUGUCCCCAAGGAAGCCUGUGCCGCCACCACCAAGGUGGUGUCGCCAAGGAAGCCUGUGCCGCCGGGUGUGCCGUCACCACCGAGGGGUGUCCCCGAGGAAGCCUGUGCCGCCGGGUGUGCCGUCACCACCGAGGGGUGUCCCCGAGGAAGCCUGUGCCCCUGGGUUAUGGCCGCCCGGCCACAGGGCUGCCACACUGGGCGUGCAGCAGGCCGGUGCCCGCUCCUGCAGGUCCUGUGUCCAACCUCCCAGGGGUGGGUCCGCUCUGCCUCUGCCCCUCCCCGCGGGCCCAGCCACUCUGCCGAAGGGACUUGUGGCCUUGUCACCACCUGCCAGACAGCACCCCAGCCCCUCCGCAGUCCUGGGGACAGGUGCAGGGCCAGGGACCACCCAUUUACUGCUCUAUGCGGUGGUCUGAGAGACAGAUCUCCCAUCUGCUGGUUCACUCCCCGAAUGCCUUCGACACCCAGGGCUGGCCAGGCCCAAGCUAGGACCUAGGAGCUCCUUCUGGGUCUUCCACACGGGUGGCAGGGACCCAACCCCUUGAGCCAUCACUGCCUCCGGGGGUGCACAGCAGCAGGAAGCCAGGACCCCAGUACGGGAUGCAGGCAUCCCAAGUGGUACUUGAACAAAAUCCUCCCAAGGCUGGGAGGCAACUUCCAUAUACUGCCUCUCGCCCCUAAAUGCCCUCAACGGCCAGGGCUGGGCGAGGCUGGAGCCGGGUCUCCCACCUCCCAGUGGGCACACAGCAGGAAGCUGGGCUCAGCCGCAGAGUGGGGACUGGAGCCCAGGUGGCCUCACAACCCCCUGCCGGACGCCCGCCCCGUUCUUGGACGC